CUGUGCCGAGCCUUCAAUGACUGGCUCCGCCUUCCCCUGCUCCCUGAGUCCCUAUUUUCUUUCACCCACAGCCCAGACUCACUUCUGAAUCCGCCCCUGCCUAGCUCCUCCCACCUGUUCCAGCCUUUCUUAAGCAUCCGGACUCAGGGUUACGUCUGCGACCUAGAGACUUGACACGGUACUGGUGUCCGAGGCCGCAGAAGACACUGGAAUAUGCCUAAACCGGGUGUACCUGACUCUGACAAUAAAACCAAGCAGGGUGCAUGGAAGGAAACUGCCAGGCAGAACUAUGCGGAUCUGGCGUACAGUUUGAGUCCCUCAUCUGAAGCCUCUAGCCAGGGCAAAAGUGGAGCCGAUGUGAAAGUCCAGGAGUCUAAGGACAUUGUGGUGACCUCUGAAGAUGGCAUCACGAAGAUCAUGUUCAAUCGGCCCUCCAAAAGGAAUGCCAUAACUUUACAGAUGUAUCAGGAGAUUAUGCUUGCACUUAAAAAUGCCAGCAGGGAUAACUCAACAAUAACUGUUUUCACAGGAGCUGGUGACUAUUACUGCAGUGGGAAUGACCUAAGUGACUUGGUUAAUACCGCUGGUGAAAUCCAGGAGUUAGCUAUAAAACGUGCCAUGGCACUGAGGGAACUUGUAAGUGGUUUUAUAGACUUUCCCAAACCUCUGGUUGCAGUAGUAAAUGGCCCAGCUGUAGGAUUCGCCGUCACCCUUCUGGGACUCUUUGAUGCUGUCUACGCAUCCGACAAGGCAACCUUUCAUACUCCAUUUACCUCCCUUGGCCAGUGCCCAGAAGCAUGCUCCUCUUACACAUUUCCGAAGAUAAUGGGCUCAGCAAAGGCAGCUGAGAUGCUUCUCUUUGGGAAGAAGCUCACAGCAAGAGAGGCCUGUGUGCAAGGCCUCGUCACUGAAAAUUUUCCUGACAGCACUUUUGAGAAAGGAAUCUGGACCAGGCUGAAAGCAUAUGCGAAGCUCCCACCAAAUGGUAUGAAAAUUUCCAAAGAGCUAAUGAGAAAAAAUGAGAAACAAAAGCUGCAUGCUGUUAACGCUGAAGAAAGCACUAUCAUCCAGGAAAGGCUGACAUCAGAAGAAUGCUCGAAUGCACUCUUGAAUUUUGUGUCCAGGAAAGUAAAACUGUGAAGUCCACCACAGCAGCUAGACCCCUCAGAGGAAGAAUGUGCUGUGAGCUCUCGUUUUGGGAGCUUGAACAACAUGCAUGUCACGGUGGUUUUUUUCUUAAGUAACAUAGAAGUUGUGGUGAGAAUGCCUCGGUCAUGACAACUAAAAACUUCCAUAAAACAAGCCUUAGGAAUUUAUGUAGGCUAUCCAGGAAAAAAUCUAACCUAGGAGGUCAUAGACCUCUACAAUGGAAACUUUAAAUGUCUGGCCAAAGAGAGAGAGAAAAAGCACUAGAAAAUGGAAAGAGAAACUAUGGUCAUGAAUUGGUAGAAUGAAUAUUUUAAAAAUGACUAUUCCACCAAAAGCCAUUUAUAGAUUCAAUGUUAUCCCAGUCAAAAUUCCCAUUGAUUACUCAUAGAAAUAGAAAAAAAAUUGCUCUAAAAUUCAUAUGGAGCCAUGAAAGACCUCAGUAUAGCCAAAAAAUGAGCCAGAGCAGAAAGAGAAAUGCUAUUGAAUUACCAUUUCAGACCUCAAUAUAUAUCAUGAAGCCAAAGUAAUAAAAACAAUAUG